GCUUGACGGCUUAUAGAGUGUAUAUACUCCCUCCGGUAAAAGUUCGGUUGAACACACCUUUGUCCCCACCAAGUGGAAGACGGACCUCACCUGAAACUUGCAAACACAAAUUCUCCAGCACAUGCACCACCCAAUUAGCGCUGCAUCAAAAACAGUCUAGACUUCCUCCCUCUGUUCGAUGCUCGGAACCCUCGACCGAAAACCACUUCCAGAUACCGACGGCGACGCUCUACUGAUGGAGACCGGUAGCCAAGCGGCCUCGGAGGCCUCCUCUGUUCCGGAGGGGCGUGCUCCCCACCCGGCAUCCUACGCCAUCUCUCCGUUCGAAACACCGACAUCUCACUACUCGUUUGACAGGCGGCCGGACAAUGUCAGGGUGGGGAACAGGCCAGCUGCGUCCGGUCGACCGCCCGUCGAGGAUCAUUCGCAUAUCUUUCCGGCCCGGCACAAGUUUGAGAUUGAGAAUGGGAACCUUGUGCGUAGACAGACGGGAGGUGGUGGGUUGGGGCGGAAGAACACCCUGUCCAAGCCCGAGCGUUCGAGGAGUACGCGACGAGCGCUGAUGCGUCGCCCCUCCGCCGCGCCGCCAGCAGCUCGUGCGGGCGCCACCUCCGUCGCACGACCCGAACCGUCACCACUCGGAAAACAGAAGAAGGAGGAGGAUCCGAACGAAGAUAGCCAAAUAUGGCCCUGGUCGGCGCGGAUCCUGACAUGCUGUUGCUUGCCUUUCUGCUUGACGGCGUUGGGAAAGAGAGACAGAGCGGUGCAGCAGGCGUGGCGUGAGAAGGUCGCGUUGUGCAUGAUCAUCCUCGUGCUGUGUCUGGCGGUCGUGUUUUUGACGGUGGGACUCCGGCGGGUGCUGUGCCCGGAUACGAACGAUGGCCUCCUCUCGCCCAUGUUCAGCGCGACGCCGUCGCACGACUACUUACCCGCAGACGUGAAGGACGUCGUGGUCGGCGGUUACUCGUACGACUUUGAAGAAGUAAAGAAAAAUCUCGGAGCGAACGGCUUUAUUUUGACCGACGACUUCAAGGGCAAAGAUAUCACCAAGCUCUUUGGCGUCGCGCAAAAUGACGCCAAUUGCCAGGCCGUCAUUCCGGCUACCGGGACCUGUGCAGCCCCUGAAGUGGCGUCUAUCACGCGUCCUGCUCCUGGGCAGUGCGCUCGGAUUGGGUGGGUCACUGGAAUCAGCAAUAGGGCCAGGCGGUACAUGGAAUGGACGGAUUUGAAUCAUACAAAGCAGACCCCUAACGUCUUCACAGUGUUCAAUGGAGUCAUAGUAAAUAUCACGGAGUUUUUGAGCGGGGGCGUCUCACGAACAGGGCCAUAUGCUUUCCUAGCGGACAGCAUCGGCAGGGACGGCACGUACCACUUCAUGCGCAAGGAUGAAAACCGCAAAGCCAUGAACUGCCUUCGCGCGGCCUACCACGUCGGCUACAUCGGCGUCGAGCGCAACGGCUGUAUCGCCGCCCAAGUCAUCGAGACCAUCACCCUGGUCGUCAUCUCGGGCGUCGUGCUCUCCAAAUUCUUCAUGGCUGUCUGGUUCCACUGGUUUGGUCUGCCCAAACUCAAGCCCACCAACUCGAUGCUGAGCAACGACAACAAGAGCAAACGGCUCUCCCGCGCCAGCGCCCGCUACUCGAUCGCCAUGAACAACCGCCACUCUGUCAUUGGGUCGUAUACCCCCUAUCAGAGCCAGGACCUGUAUACCAUCAUGCUCGUGACGUGUUACUCUGAAGGGCAUGAUGGAAUACGCGGGACGCUGGACUCGUUGGCGGGCACCGAGUACCCGGACAGCAGGAAAUUGCUGUUCGUGAUUGCGGAUGGGAUGAUUACGGGGUCUGGGGAGGAAAAGUCGACGCCGGAUAUUAUUUUGGGGAUGAUGCAGUUUGAUCCGGGGAUGACGGAGCCGGAGCCGAGGAGUUAUAUUGCGAUUGCGGACGGGGAGAAGCAGCAUAAUAUGGCUAAAGUGUAUGCUGGAUACUACAUUGUAGGCAGCCGUCGGGUCCCCAUGGUGACUGUCGUGAAGUGCGGCACCCCGGCCGAAGCGAGCGCCGCCAAGCCCGGAAACCGCGGCAAGCGCGAUUCCCAAAUGGUCAUCAUGAACUUCCUCAGCCGCACGCUCUUCAAUGACCGCAUGACCGCGCUCGACUACGAGAUCUUCACGGCCAUGAACAGCGUCGCCACCACCGCCGACAAAUACGAAGUUAUCCUCAUGGUCGACGCAGACACAAAAGUCGCACCCGACUCGCUCAAACACAUGGUCAACGUCAUGAAAACGGACGUGAAUGUCAUGGGACUCUGUGGGGAGACCCGCAUCGCCAACAAAACGGCCAGUCUGACAUCCGCCAUCCAGGUGUUUGAGUACUACAUCUCCCACCAUCUCGGCAAGGCGUUCGAGUCGGUGUUUGGAGGCGUUACCUGCCUCCCUGGCUGUUUCUGCAUGUACCGCAUCAAAGCGCCCAAGGGAGAGAACGGGAUCACCGUGCCCAUCCUCACCAACCCGGACAUCGUCGAGGAGUACAGUGAGAAUAUCGUCGAAACCCUUCACAAGAAGAAUCUCUUGCUACUGGGCGAAGACCGGUUCUUGACGACGCUGAUGUUGAGGAACUUCCCGCACCGCAAGAUGAUAUUCGUACCCCAGGCGGUGUGCUGGACGAUGGUGCCGGACCAGUUCAAGGUGUUGCUGAGUCAGCGGAGACGGUGGAUCAAUAGUACGGUGCAUAAUUUGCUGGAAUUGGUGCUUGUGAGGGAUCUGUGUGGGACAUUCUGUUUUAGUAUGCAGUUCGUCGUCUUGCUCGAACUCAUCGGCACAGUCGUUCUCCCCGCCGCCAUCUGCCUCACCCUCUACCUAAUCCUCUCCGCGGCCAUCAACCACAAUGCGGAAUUAGUCCCCUUCCUCAUGCUCGCAGCGAUCCUGGGCCUCCCCGGCUUUUUGAUUGUGAUUACUACCAGGAAGAUGAUCUAUGUGUUGUGGAUGAUGGUGUAUUUGGUGUCGCUGCCGAUUUGGAAUUUUGUGCUGCCGGUUUAUGCUUAUUGGCAUUUUGAUGAUUUUUCAUGGGGUGAGACCAGGAAGGUUGAGGGCGAGACGAGGGAGGAGGCGCAUGGAGGGAAGAUUGGGCAGUUUGAGUCGAGGGCUGUUGCUAUGAAGAAAUGGGUCGAGUGGGAAAAAGAAAAACAAAGCGCCGGACAAAGUGCUCCCGAAAAGGAACGUGAAAAGAGCCGCCGCUUCUCCGCCUGGGGCGGUCGCCCGCCAUCCGCAUACGGUGGCGUCUACGGCGUCAAACCCCAAGGCUCCCAAUCCCAACUCCAACUCAACAACGUCCGUGGCCGGUCCACCGACGUCGUCGCAGGUGCUAACAGCGGAAGCAGCACAAGCUCCCUGACCCUCACGAACAACCCCCGCUCCCAAACCGCGCCCAUCCCCAACAACAACUCCGGGAUGAUGACCGAUAGCAACAACAUGCAAUUCUCCCCCCCACCACGCAACCGCUCCUCAAUCAUCUACCCCCCGGGGAAUCCCACCCACGCCCAUUUCUCCGAACACCCGCCCAUGCCCAAUUUCCCGUCCUCCGGCCGCAAUCCCAAUCUCCUCCCCCCACCGCCGCUGAUGAUGGGCGGCCUCAACUCACCCAACGCUGGGGCGAUUCAUACAAGUCCGGUAUCAUACCACCACCACUCGCCCACGUCCCCUGUGGGUGGACAGUACCCGCCUGGACCUGCACCUGCCGCGGGACCGUACGCGGCGGUACCGGACCAGGACGGGGGUUAUGCGUCGGCGUUGUAUGGGCAGCCGGCCCAACAGCAACCCAUCCACCCGCCGGUUCCGAGACCAAGACCGAGGUCGACGUAUGAGUUGAUUGCGAGGGGACAGGAGAAUGUAUGGAGUCCGACGAAUAACUCGACGACGGGCUUUGAUGGUGCGAGCUCGUCGGGAGCAAGCCAAGGGAGGGGCGGGAAGAGGAAGUGAACUGAACUGAGCUGAAGGCUGUGAAAAGCGGUUCUGUUUCGGUUUUCCUCUCUGCGACGACGGUUGUUUUGGUCCUCCCCGGCCGUUCUUUCUUUCGAUGCGGCGACUGGACCCGGACCCCCCAUUCUUUUCAACUUUUCUCUCUCUCCGGGUUUUGGUCUUCGAAUCCCCCCCCCUUUGUGCCGUAGGUUUCGCCCCACCUACUCUCAUGGCCAAAUAACCACA